UCACUUCCAUAGUAAUUUCCAAAAUGCUUUUUUACUCAUUUUUCAAGUCUUUGGUUGGGAAAGAAGUUAUUGUGGAACUGAAGAAUGACCUCAGUGUACAUGGAACGUUAGACUCGGUCGAUCAGUUUCUAAACAUCAAAUUAACAGAUAUAAGCCUGACAGACCCGGAUAAGUAUCCUCAUAUGUUGUCAGUUAAAAACUGCUUCAUUAGAGGAUCUGUAGUCAGAUAUGUUCAACUGCCGGCAGAAGAAGUUGAUACAUCACUGUUACAAGAUGCCACCAGAAAGGAAGCGGCCCAAAACAAAGCUUGAAAACAAGCUGAACUAACAAAAAGUCUACACAGGAAACUCUUGAAAUGAAAAAACUGUAAAAUUAUUUAUAGGCUUUGUAAGCAGACAUUUUUCAUUCCCAUGAAUUUGAUAAUAGGCUAUUUUACAGUUGUGUACUUAGUUGCCAAGCCUUUGAUUUGGAGUGAGGCUGAAGGUGACCUUGUUGUGAUAGAGACUAGUAUCUAGUUAGCAUGAUAACAAAGUAAUUUGCAUUUGAAAAGCAGCAAGGUUUGUAUCAUAACAAGGUCACCCUUAGCCUCAUUCCUGUUCAAAGGCUUGGCAACCAAGCACACAACUGUAAAAUGGUCUGUUUUGAGACAUUUUAGUUCGCUACAACUCAUAAAAGUGCUUUUUACAUGGAUUUGAAUGGCAAACUAAUUCUCAGUUCAAAGAACUCACACAGCAUAAUGUUACUGUAAUGGAUUAAGCGACAUUGCCUAUAUUUUGUUAAAGCAAAAUUCUAUUAGGAUGUCACUUUCUUCAGUCAGCAACUACAAAUAUGACAACCAGGGAACAGUAUGUUAGUAGGUGUCUCAGAAAUGACAGAAGACCAGACAAGAAAACAAUAAACAUUUUUCCUAGUACUUAA